UCCGCUCCCCUUUCAUGUGAUUUCCUAAUUAUAUAAUCUACAUUAGAUUUCCGGGUUUUUGGGAGCAAAACAACAUACAUUCACAGUUGCAGGUCCAGUUGAAGCCAAAAAUCAGGAAAAAAUCGAGAAAUUCUGGAUUUUUGGUGCAAAUGACCUUCUUUAGACUGCUGUACCAAGAUCAAUAGAAGAUACAUUUUAUAAUGGCAUAUAACCAGGAACCAAAUCAAGCACCACACAUAUUGGGGUCCAAUUACAAUACACAGUACAGUACACCAACAGCACUGCCUCCAACAUACGCAUCAGCAGUAGAUCCUCCUCCACAGAAGUCAUAUAGUUCAGGUGUAGAUCCUCCACCAACCAACAUACCUAAAAAUAGAAUAGCUGACAGUAACUAUGAGACAGGAUUUGCAGAUAGUCCGUUUGGUAAUUCUUUCAGUGACAAGGCUGUGAGACAUGCGUUCAUCAGAAAGGUUUACCUUAUACUGAUGAUUCAGUUACUGGUGACCUUUGGCGUUGUUUGUUUGUUUUCUCUUGUUGCACCGAUCAAACAAUUUAUACAGACAACAGGAUCUUGGUUUUAUUGGGUAUCGUAUGGUACUUUCCUUGUGACUUACAUAGUGCUAGUGUGCAUCCCUUCGGUGAGACGGAAGUUUCCAGGAAACUUUAUAUGCUUGGCAGUUUUUACCUUGGCAUUUUCUUACAUGGUUGGAACAAUCAGCAGUUUUUAUGACACAACCAUUGUAUUUGUGGCAGCAGGAGUAACAUGCCUUGUUUGUCUGGCCUUAUCUCUGUUUGCCAUCCAGACCAAGGUUGACUUCACUAUGUGCAGUGGUCUGUUGUUUGCCUUGUUGAUGGUACUGAUCUUAUUUGGAUGGUCCUGCCUGAUAUUUUAUUUUGUUUUCCCAGCCGAUGUUUUUGCAUGGAGGAUAAUGGACUGUGUCUAUGGUGGACUUGCUGCACUAGUUUUCAGUCUGUUCCUUGUGUAUGACACCCAGAUGGUGGUAGGUGGCAAGAAACAUGAGCUUUCUCCAGAGGAGUACGUGUAUGGAGCCUUACAGCUAUAUAUUGAUAUAGUCUAUCUCUUCUUGAUCCUCCUGGCUUGUUUUGGAAAGAGUAACUGAACAGUAACAGAAUAUACAAGGCUUUAUUGUACUUUGUUAGCUAUUGUCAGUAAUUAUUAUUAUAAUCAAAAGUUUAUAUACUUGAUAUAUUUUUGGUAUACAAAUCAUUUUCUGUCAAAGUUUCAGAAAAGUCAUGGUUUAAAUUUAAGUACAAAGAAAGAUUUUUUUUUAUGUGGUAUUAAAUAAUUUCAAAUAGUUAAAUACUUGACUACAACAGUCUGUGAUUUUACAAAAUAAUCCAGUAUUUUUUUCAAUGUAUUAGUCAUUUUAGUAAGCUUUUUUAUAAUUAUUUAAUAGAUUUUUAAGAUUGGUGAUGGGUGUAUUGUAUUCAAUUUCAAUUUUUCUUUGAAAUUUUUUUAAUUGAUUUGUAAACAAUUACACUUUAUGCAGUCAGCCGCCCAAAGAUUAGGCCUUGUUUUAUAAUCAAUAUUGAUUUUACAUGAUAUUUGAAAUUUAUAUGUUAACAAUGCAAUUAAUUAGAAAAAUUCCAUUCAAUUUUUUUAGAAUACUUGUCAACAAACUUAGAAAAUAGAUAAAAAGUGAAUUCAAAGUAUUAACUUUAUCAAUUUAAAAAUUUGUAGCUGAAAUUAAAGUUUUUUCAUCGCUAGUGUUUAUUUAUUCUUCAUGUUAAAAAAAAAUUACAAUGACUUUAUUAUUAUUUUGCAAUCAGAUGUUUUUAGAAUACUUUUAACUUUCCUUUGUCAAAAAAGUACAAGAAGUAUUUAUAUGUUUUGAAAUUAUUUUUGUAUAUUAUAUUGAAAAAUCUUCAAGCUCAAAAUGUAAUUGUCCAUCAACAUUUUUUUGCUGGAACAAUAUAUCCAUUGAUAUUUUUCCUGGAAUAAUAUAUCUGUUGGAUAUUUUCUGUCAUAUUUUUUUCACUGUGCUGAAUAAAUGAAAAUUUUUGAGCAUUUAUGGCAUGAAUGUAUUUCAGUCACAUGAAUAUUGAUGAAAGGGUAAAGAUAUGACUAAAUAUUUUUUUGAACUAAAUGUUUUAAUUUCGUUGUAUUUACCCUAUAAAUAUGUCAUAUGCUGUAAACAUCAUUACAGUAGAUAAUUCAUUAUCUUUUUUAUACGACCGCAAAAAAUUUGCGUUCGUAUAUUGCUAUCAUCAUGAUCAUGUCGCCGCCGUUGUCGUCGUCAUGGCCGAAGACAUCUGGUUUCCAGACAAUAACUUUAGUAUAAGUGAAUGGAUCUCUAUUUUAAUCACAAGAUUCAAUAGCACAAAAGAAAGGUUAGGAUUGAUUUUGGGGGUUAUGGUCCCAACUGUUUAGGAAUUAGGGGUCAAAAAGGGGCCAAAAAAGGCAUUUUUCUAGUUUCCGGACAAUAACUUGUGUAUAAGUGUAUGGAUCUCUAUGAAAUUGUACCACAAGGUUCCAUACCACAAAGGGAAGGUUGGGAUUGACUUUGGGGUUAUGAUCCAAACCGUUCAGGAAUUAGGGGCAAAAAAAGGGGGGAAAACAAGGUUUUUCUGGUUAAUGGACAAUUUCUUAACUAUUAGUCUAUGGAUCUCUAUGAAAUUGAAACACAAGGUUCCAUAACACAAAGGGAAGGUUUGGUUUGACUUCGGGGGUUACGGCUCAAACCGUUCAGGAAUAAGGGGCAAAAAGGGGGGGGGGGGGGGUGGGGUGGGGUGGGGGGGAAGGAGGAACAAGGUUUUUCAGGUUUCCAGACAAAUACUUAAGUAUUAGUCAAUGGAUCUCUAUGAAAUUGUACCACAAGGUUCCUACCACACACUGAUGGUUGGGGGUCGAUUUUGUGGGUUGUGGCUUUAAUCGUUAAGAAACAAGAGGCCAAAUAGGGGCCAAAAACAAGACUUUUCUAAUACUGGCUAAGCUUGUUCUAACAUUCAAUUUACCUCUUGUUCAGUGCUGCAGGUUAUGAAACUGUCAAUUCAUAAAAUGAAAGAGCUUUAUAAAAGUGAUACCUUUAAAUAUAUUAAAUGUGACUUAAAAAUUUUCAUGAAAUAUCCUGAAAAUAGGCUUAAUUUCCAUAUUUAAAAAAAACUUUCAAACUAUUUUAAAUAAAAAAGAUUGAAGUAUAUUGUAUGUUAAAAAUAUAGAAAGCUAGUAUCUCCUAUUUCUAAACUGACCAUAUCGGAUAUUUAAAAUACAUGAAAAAUUAGGAAAGCUAAUUAUGGUUAAUCGAUUGAUUGAUGGCUUGGUAAGGUUCAGUAUUGAUUAUGAGACCAUGAUAAUAAAACAGGAGAAAUAUUUGACCCAUACAUUUUUGUUUUUGAUACUGACUUGAUCAGAAUAUUAAGUUGGUGAACUAUUAUAAUGAUGUUCUGAUGUAUAUAUGAAUUGGCAUGCAUUUCAUUGAUAGAUUGACACCGAUGGACAUGACGACGACGAGGGUGGUUUUUAACGACCUUGACUAUUCAUGAGGGUCUUGCACGGUUGGCCCUGGCUUGCGCCUUUUUGGGCAUUUAAAUAAUUUAUUUUUACCUUAAGGUGUUGGAUGGACAUGAGCAUAUGAAGUUGAUGCACUCUUAUUUGACGUCAUUGCCUAAUAUUUUUAAGUAUCAGAUCCUAUCCAUGAUCUAAAAAUAUAUUAUGACAAUGUACAAAUUGACGAUAAAAUCCUAAAUCAGGAAUUUUUGUGAAUGUGUAAUUCGCUCUGUUCAGAGUAGAAUAUUUACUGUUGAAUUUACACUUCAUAAAUAUUUCAUUAAGCAUUUAAAUACAAAUGCAUAAGGAAGUAACAUACAAACAAUGAACUUGCCAAAGAAUUAAUAACACCCUCUAAGGCUUAAAUUAUAAAAAAAAAACUCUGAUAUUAGCCAAAAAUUUGAUUGUCUCUUCCUAAGGCCAAAACGGAAAAAAUAGCCAAAUACAGCCAAAGAUUUUACUGCCCCCUUUUAAGACCUAACAGAAAAAAAAUAACCCAAUACAGCCAAAGAUUAAUCUGUCCCCUUCAAAGGCCAAAAAUUGAAAAGAUAAUUUAAAUAGCCAUAGAUUUAACAGCCCCUUCUAAACCCUAAACGGAGACAAUAACCUGAUAUAAGGUGUCAAGUUAAGGACUGGGAUACUUUUGUUGACAAAAGCUGACAUGACAGUGUAGAAGUAGACAGACAUGAAAUGUAUAACAAUUUGACUCUAAUCUCAAUUGACUAGGAUUGUCAGUUUUCCUGAUGAAGUUCAGUGGAUCUCUCCAGGCACUCCAGCUUCAAUAACCAAUAAAAACUGAAUGUCAUCAUGUAAUCAAUAGUGCUGAAAGUGGCAUAAAACAUCAAUCAAUCAAUCUUUUCUUAUUUCAGCAGUUUUCUUGACAUUCAUUUUUGCUUCUCAUGAAGCCUCAAUGUCAUAUUAAAUAUUAUAAUGAUAUGUUACUAUUUGUUUUCCAUAAAAUAUUGAGAGUUUUGUUAUUAAUUGUUUGUACAGUAGUGAAAGUAAGAUGUUUUACACUCUAUAUGUGGUUAUUUAUAAAAAAAAAACCACACACUAGUUCCUUUCGUAUCUGACUUUGAAGUGGUGUUUUUUUGGCAGCUAGUCAGUUUAUUUAAAAUUUUAUGAAAUGAUUGGUAUUGUAUUGUUACAGUUGAAAUUUGACCACUUUGCAAAGUGUUGUUUUUAAAAAUGACCAACCUGAGAUUGAAGUAGCUGUGAUAUGAAAUUGCUAGACAUUGCAAUUUGAGUAGACUUGUAGACAUGUCAUACAAUUUAAUUUUACAUUAUUGUUUUUAUGUUAUCAAUGUUUUGCUGUUUUAAUGGUUAUAAUGAAGAUGUGAUAUCUAAACAAUAUUUUUUGAUUUUGGAGGAAAGGGGGAGGGAGACAUCGUUAGUAUAAUUUUUUUCUUGGUUAACAUCCUGUGUAUUUUUUCAUUGUAAGAAAUGUCAUGUUUGAUGGUGUAACUAUUGUUUAAAGUUUUAACAAAGAUUAGGUCUGAAUGAAAGUUAAAAUGUAGUUUGUGCUGGAUUUAUUGCCUUUUUCUAGAUUAAUUUUCAUACAGAAUGCACACAGCCAAUAGUUGUGACAAUCCAUAAUAGAUUAAUUCAAGGGGAGCAAUAUAACAAAAAGGAAUAGCCAAUCCCAUUAAAGAAUGUGUGAUUAGUCUUCAAAUUUUCUUUAACAUAGUGUAACUCCCCUGGGCAUUUUCUCAUGUUUUUUCUAUACAUUUCUUUCUUCCCAUACAUUUCAUGUGCAAAUCCUGAAAACAUUUUUUGGGUGCAGGAAUCUAAAAGAAAGCUACAGACCUAUAUUCAUUUUUUUGUAAUCUAGUUGUUUUACACAUAAUCUAUUUUGAAAUAUGAAAUUUAGGAAAAUAUUAAUAUUUUGAAUAUCAGCAGGAUACAUCCAAAAGCUCACUUUACAAUGAUCAAAAGUUGUUGGAAAAAAAAUACUAAAAAUGUAUGAAAUAAAUCAAAAACAAUGUCAUUACAAAACAAUAUCAUUAAAAUGGCUGUUUGUAGGAUGAUACCCUUUGAGAUUUACAGUCCAUUAUUACAAUGACUGUUGGUGGCAUGUUAUAUUUAUAAAAAGUUAUAUACUACAAAUAAAGUUAUAUCAUUUGGUUAAAAAUAAGUGCAUUUGGUCAAUUCAGCUACAAAUAUCUGAUACAGGAUAUAUGUAUAUAGUGUAGAUGUAAAUGUCUACUGGUUUAUAGAAAAUAAAAUAUUAACCAAAAUUUUAAGUAAAUCUGUUUGCAUUUUCUGUAAAUUUAAAAAUGGAAAAGAUGGUUUAAAAGAAUAUUUUAUUAUGCCUGUUGACUUUCUCUCUUAUUCUAAUUUAGCAAUUUUAAAGAAUACAAAAAUGAACUGUAUAAAACCUUAAAAUUAUUAUUAUAAUGUACUACUACUUUAUGAAUAACUUCCAUUCUUUUAAAAAUAAAAAUACUGGUUUGUUAUGAACUUAAUAUAAACAAUAUUUAGUGUGUUUGUUUGAUUUCAGAUUUCAAUAUCUAUAGUAAAUUAUAUCCUGCAAUUGUAAAUAUUUCUUGUAUCAAUGUAAAAGUAAAUUUAUGUUCCAUGUUUUAUAUUCAGUUAGAAUUUGUUUGACCAGUCUUGAUAUUGUUGUAUGGAGAUUUGAUCUAUAUCUGUUAAAAUCAAAAUAAUAAAAAUGAAUGGCCUCAAUACCUUUUUUUGUUGUACAGAGAUUUAAUAUACAUUUGUUAAAAUCAAAAUAUUAUCAUAUAAAUGUUCUCUGUAUUA